ACCUAAAGUUGGUACGCAAUAUGAGGGCACAUAGCGACCCGUGGUUUGCUGAAUACUUGUUGCGCAUUGGUGAUGGCAAGGAGGAGACCAAUAAUGAUGGUUGUGUCCGCCUUCUGGACGAGAUAUGUGUGCCCUGUACUGGGAAGGGCACUGAUCUUGAUACACUGAUAGAUAAUGUUUUUCCCAGUCUCGGUGCUAAUAUGUCUGAUCCAAACUACAUCACCUCCAGAGCAAUCUUAUCGAUGCGAAAUGAUUGUGUGGAUAGGAUAAAUAUAAAGAUGAUCAACCGAUUCCACGGAGAUGAGAUGGUGUAUCAUAGCUUUGAUUCAACAGUCGAUGACCCUCAUAACUAUUAUCCAUCUGAGUUCCUUAACACUUUGACCCCUAAUGGGUUGCCUCCACAUGUGUUGAAGCUCAAGAUAAACUGCCCUAUUAUAUUGCUCAGAAAUAUUGACCCCGCAAAUGGACUUUGCAAUAGCACGAGGCUGGUGGUUCAAGGAUUCCAGAGGAAUGCCAUCGAUGCAGAAAUUGUGCUAGGGCAACAUGGUGGAAAGAGGAUCUUCUUGCCAAGGAUCCCCCUUUGUCCCAGUGAUGACGAGAUGUUCCCUUUCCAGUUCAAGAGGAAGCAGUUUCCUAUUAGGCUCAGCUUUGCCAUGACGGUCAACAAGGCACAGGGGCAGACUAUCCCGAACGCGGGUAUAUACUUGCCCGAGCCAGUGUUCUCUCAUGGGCAGUUGUAUGUCGCGCUAUCUAGAUCCACUGCUAGAAAGAACAUCAAGAUCCUCACCGCCCCGGCUACAGACAAUGAGAAAAAUGUCUCAGACGAUAGUAGAAGGAAUAGCUCAAAUUACAGCAAAAACAAGAGCUCCAACAAUAAGAAAAAGAUCUCAGACGAUAGCAGCAGGAAUAGCUCAGAUUACCGCAAGAACAAGAGCUCCAACUGUCCUGUUGGUAAUUACACGAGGAACAUCGUCUAUAGGGAGGUACUUACAUCAUAGGUCACCUCCGUCAUGGGGAGUCAUUCAUGUUUAACACAAAGCUUGGUAUUGUGUGUUACCGAGAGAAAUUGAACCAACUGUGAUUUCAAAU